GUCAUUUCGAAAGAGUAUUCAUGACGGACUGUAUUAUGAUUGGGGCGCGUGUUGCUGUUGCUGUGGAACCGAUUGUAUGAAGAGAGAUAGCCUAACGUAAAAGACAACUAAACGAGGAUGGCUAUGAGACAAGGGAAUGUGUUGUUAGAUGCCGGAGAGAACGCAGUUGAGAUGGAAGACUUGGACGAGGAAGACUUUGCUGUGUCGAACUCAUCGGACGCAGACGCAGCCUUUGACACAGUCAUUGGAAAUAUCGAGGACAUCAUCAUGGAGGAACGGUUUCAGCACCUGCAGCAAGGCUUCAUGGAAAAAUACUACCUGGAGUUUGAGGACUCGGAGGAGAACAAGCUCAGCUACAUGUCCAUCUUCCAGGAAUAUAUUGAACUGCUGGAGAAAGACAUUGAGCAGCAGCUGACAGAUAGAAUCCCUGGAUUUAGCAUGAACUCCUUCAUUCAUUCUCUCCAGCAGCACAAAGACGAAGUCUCUGGAGACAUCUUCGACAUGUUGCUCACUUUUACUGACUUCCUGGCCUUUAAAGAAAUGUUUCUGGAUUACAGAGCCGAACGGGAAGGAAGGGGGCUGGACCUCAGCGCCGGAUUGGUUGUUAAGUCUUUGAACUCCUCCCCUUCUCCGCCCUUCACCAACACGUGCACAGCGUCCCAGCUUCAGUGACCCCUCGAAGACAACAUACAGGGGACAGACACUCAACACACACAUGCAAACAAGCAUGCAUUAAUUCACACACACACACACACACACACACACACACACACACACACACACACACACACACACACACACACACACACACAGGCAUGCAUACAUUCACUCACACACACACUCACUCACACACACGCACACACGCAGGCAUGCUCACCCACCCACACAAAGGACUAACAAUGAACACUAACUACUUUCCCUGUAUUUAAAUUGUAUUCACCAGAUUACCUUGUUUUAGCUGCAGCCACUCUCGCUGCAGAACCUUCAUUUGUAUAUAUUGGACGUUCUUGAUCCGUUGAAGGCAGAUGUGGUUACCCCACAUGAGAUUACACUGUUCUUAAACGUGUUAACUUGAGCCCCAGUGUUGGCCUGUGUUUGGCCUGGGUGAAUGUUUCAGUAUCGUAUGGGAAGUGUAGUCUCAUUUAAAACACACUGAAGGAAGAACUCACAUUGUCAGUGUUUUGUACCAAUUUUUAACUGGGAUGUAUUUCAUGCUUAAAUCAUUUUUUGCGUCCAUUUAUGCUGCAAGCCCUCGUUACAUAGAGGAGGUUCAGGGAUCCCUAACUGGAAGUUCCUGUGAAGGAGCUGGAGGGAACGGAUACCCGUCGUCUUUUCAAGAGAGCCUGAAGUCUGCCUUGCUCUCUUGAAAUUUAUACAGUUGUGUCAUGACUGGGGGGGAUAGCAUCACUUUUGCACAGUUGUUCUUUCAGUGGUGGAAGAUAUUUAUUUUUUUAAUUCACAUCCGCUUCUGCAUUGUCCCAUCCUUAGGCGCUGUACUGUAUACGAUGGGACUCUUAACGCCUGGGUUUUGUAGGCCAGGCACUUUCACUGGAAUCUACAUCAUUUGUGGUUUUUCCAAUUUUAUAAAUAUUGCUGUAUUUAAUUUUCAGGGCGUUUGACAUAGGCUUGCUUUGUUUUCUGCCAGUGUCUUCUGUAAAUAUGGAUUCAUUUGGAAUAAAGAGUCAAACGAG